AUGCUCCCGCCGCCGCCCAAGUGGUCAACGGAUCAGAUGCCCGAUCUCACGGGCAAGGUGAUGAUCGUGACGGGCGGCAAUGCGGGGAUCGGGAGGGAGAACGUGAAGGCGCUGCUGGAGCACGGCGCGAAGGUGUAUAUGGCAGGGCGGAACGUCGUGAAGUGCGCUGCGGUGAUUGAGGAGCUCAAGGAGGAGACGGGGCACGAGGCUAUCUUCCUCAAGCUGGACCUGGCGGAUCUAGCAGCGGUCAAGGCGGCUGCCGAAGAGUUCUUGAGCAAGGAGACACAAUUGCAUGUGCUCUUCAAUAAUGCCGCAUCACAAUACCCACCGGUUGAGGUGGUUACGGAGCAGGGGUAUGAUAUGCAGUUCGGGACAAACGUCAUCGGGCACUUCUACUUCACCAAAAUCCUUCUGCCCAUCCUGCUCGAGACGACCAAGACCUCACCAGAUGGGAAGGCGCGCGUUGUCCACGUCGCUUCCGUGGGUCACGAAUUCGUGUCUGGUCUCAGGUUUGAUACGUUCAAGGACAGCCCGCAGAGGCGCAAGAUGCACCCCACCACGCUGUACUUCCAGAGCAAAUUCGCCAAUAUUGUCGUGUCGAACGAGUUCCACAGGCGAUACGCCGACCAGAGACUUGUGUCCAUGUCUCUUCAUCCGGGCAAUCUGAAGAUGGACACGGAGAGGCAUCCGUCUCUGGGACCGAGAUUAAUAAGCCUUUUGAAUCCGACCCUCCCCGACUCCAAAAUGGGCGCUUUAACGCAGCUGUGGGCGGGCACGACGCCAGAGGGGGCCGAUUUGAGCGGCAAGUAUUGCAUUCCUUGGGCGCGGGUGGGAGAGGCGAAGAAGGGGACGGGUGACCCAGACGUUGGACGGAAGUUGUGGGAGUGGCUGGAGGAGCAGGUGAAGGACAUAUAA